UGUGGAUGUGCAGGUGGGGUGGGUGCAUGUGCCUGUGCAUAUGUGUGCAUGGAUAUUCUAAGGAUAUCUCAUCAGUUUUUGCUCUCUUCUGCAAAGCUGAACCACAUAAACAAACAGGCAACACCCGAGAUGUCAAAUUCAAUGGUCUGCAAGCUGAAAUAGACAGCCGGCAAUGCACAAAUAUUUGGUUGGUACUGGCAGCCGCAGUGGUAGCAAGCCUGGGUUUGGUUGCCCAUGGUUGGCCCAGUGGUGCCCCAGACGGUGCCUGUGAUAGCAUGAUUCCCCAGCAUGUUGCCAAUCCCAAGGCCGAGCAGAAUUUACACUACAGCCUAUCAUCCUCACAAAAUCCCGACGGCACUUACACAGUUUCCAUCAUCGCUAAUAACAACGAGCUGUUUAAGGGUUUCAUGGUAAGAGGUUUUGUGGACGGCAAGCCAAAUGGAAUUUUCCUGAACGCACCCACGGGAGUUACCUGUGACAAUAUUCCUAACUCAGCAGCAACGCACCAAGAACCUUCUCCGAAGAGCCGAGUUGACUUGCUGUGGCAGGGAGACCCCAAUCCUGUUUUCCGCGCCACCGUUGUGAAGAACAGACAGACGUUCUUCAUGAUAUAGGCCUACCAUCACUUCACAUCACUUCCGCCGGCCAUAUAACUUGGGCCGGCCAUAAAGCUGCUCUGGUUGUUAUUAUUACUGACAUUCUGCCACAAGAAAUUACACUUUAAGCACAGGCAGCUACUUGGAAAAGCGAAAAAAAAAAAAUAUGUUGAAUCAGAAUGAAUGCAAGUUACUUUUGCAUUUAUUUUAGUUUUGUCAAAGAAAUAAGGAUAAUGAAAUAAAAUUGUGGAAGUCCA